AUCGCCCUUAGACGUUACAAGCUUUGGGCAAGCGCCAACGAUCAUUUUCUAUACAAUUUUGCCAUGAUUUAUUGUGACCAGACCUAUCUUCCGGAAAGCUACUCCCUAAGUUCAAAUAUGGUGGAACUGUCUUUGGGUAUUUUUACCUUAUUACUUAGAACAGCGUUUGGUGCACUCGUGUUUGAGUACUUAUCGCAAGUUACCACUACACCACCUUUUGAUGACAUAGCUUCGUUACUUGAUAGUACUUCAUACAAGAUUGUUAUAUUGUUGGGUUCUUUGCAACAUCUCCUGGUAAAGGUAAAUCACAACCAUCCUACUACAGAACGGAACACUCUUUAAUCAACACAAUCUUGAAAGUCUUCCAAAGUCUUUCAAAUCUUCUUCACCAAUAUUAACACUAACUUUACAAAAUCCCUCAAAAUGACGAUUCAUUUGAUUCCUAAUUUCAGAGAAAAGCGGAGCCCAUUUAUACAAGAGUCAACAAAAUGAAUAGAUAUGUAUAUGUAGACACAAUGCAAGAAUUAUACGACACAGUCUGUAUACCAGAGAUGCACUACACAAUUUUUCAAAGCGAGGACAUGAAGAAAGCUUCUGGUCUGUUUGUUUGCCGAUUGAAUCCAGUGGGAGGACCUUUAGUGGAGUCGAUAAUAACUUCCGGAGUUGCUCUGUAUUUCGAGUACAGGAGAACUAUAGACGUCACGAUUAUAAAGCUACACGAAUCUGGCAUCGUAAACCUAAUGAAAGAGCGCUGGAUAGAAUCAAAAAACGUAGAAGCAGAAGACGAAGGUGGAGCAGAGCCCAUCAACAUGGUGGAAGUGUAUUUAGUGCUAUGUGUACUCGCCGCUGGAUGGAUAGCAGCUUUCGUGGUCCUCAUAUUUGAGAAUACUCUUGUUCAAUCUGAGGAGAGUAAUGGUUGCGAGAAUUUUAUGGCCAGCCAUUUUGUAGUACGCUCGGUGCAAUUGUAUCACUAUAAUUAUUACCGAUAA